GCUCCAGGCAGGACUUCCUGCAUGGGAUUUCUGGCCUGGCUGUGCCAGAAGCUAGCAAGCUGAUCUUGAAGUUCUUCUGUCUUCAGGCUUCCCUUAGGAGUGGUGUCUAACUCAGCACUGGGCAGCUGGGCAGGAUCCAGUCCAGGCACUGCAGUUUGUAAGUAGCCAGAGGAGCGUUGCCAGGUCUGUGCUGCCUGCAGAGCACAGCGGGCCUGGCUCUGGGUCAGCUCUGAACGCCUGCCUGGGAAUAAACGGAGCACCCAAAGGCAUGAGACGAGGUAGGUCUGCUGAGCAAACCCAACCUGCAGUAGUCGAGCUGCUCCCGAGUGGAAAGAGUGCCCUGCAGGAAAAACUGGGUUGGUUUGUUAGCCUAAGAUCUCUUUCCCACUCUGCCUGCCCACCAUAGUGGAAUGAUCUGCCCCAACUUUAUAGAAAUUUAAAGCUUAAUUGUUUUCUUUAGAGCAUCAAAAAUUUUCCCUAGGGCCAAAUCCUGCCAUUGUUUUCACCCUCAGUUCUCCUCAACAUGACCACAUUCAGGGCAUUCAUCAUUUCUGCUCUGUGUGAUGUGCACAGGACAAGGUAACAGAGUUGUGCUCGGUGGGGCAACAGUUUCACAACAUAAUUCUGGUGGCUUUAGCCUGAGGAGCACAGUGAAUGCCUGGUCAGGCUGGUGGCACAAAAUUGUCUGUGAAGGUGUGAUGGCCAUGAGAACGCAAGAUUCUACCUAAAUGUAUUUUGACCCUUGGACUUACCUGUUCAAAUAUUUGUGUAAUGCAGCUUCUGAAUAAAGCACAUGGUCAGUCUUUCUCAUUUCUAUCAGCAGAUCUUUCACUACUAAGUAGGAAUAGAUUUGUGUCCCUGUUUAAGGGAAACUCAAGGGUCAGCACCUGAAAAAGUGCUAGUUCUCACCCCUCUGCCAAGUGCAGCUUUCCUGAUGAGAUGGGAAACCAAAGGCCACAGUGCUCAGGGAGUGUGGUACAAACCAGUAAUGCCACCUUGCAGGUUGAGGUGCAUUUUGAGUUGCUGUGCCAUGAGACUGUGCAGUGUCUGUGCCAGGCCCAGAAUCACAGUUAUCAGUACCAUCAGCAUCCCAGCAAACGUGUUCUCGUGGGCAGUGCCAGCUCCUGUGCUGUGGAAGACUUGCUCAGAGGAGCAUCAGCUUCCCUGACACGCAGCAGACGUGGGGGAGGCCUCGUGUGGGAGGUCCCAGGGAUGAGCAGGACCCUUAUCUUGCCAGCCAGCUGGGAGGGCAUUAUCCGGGAGCUCGGCUCUGCAGGGCACACUCUGCACUGGCUGGGCUGCCUGAAGACCUUCCUCUUGUCCUGUAAAGCCAGCGAGAAAGCAAGGAUUGUACUACUCUGAGCUCUCGCACCUCCUGUGAAGGACACCAAAUUCACCCAACUUUAGGAACUCAUCCUCAGAACAAACCAACAAAAGACCUGGGGCUGUGGUGUCAGUCCUAGAGUGUGUGGUGUCUACUUGCCUGGUCUUCACCUCAUUCAGUCUCACCAGGAAAGUGUUUGCAGGUGAAGAUGAACAGGGGAAUUCUCUUCUUGUCCCUGCUUGGCUUCCUCCCGCUCGUGAUACCCACCUGCCCUGUGCCAUGCAAGUGUACCACCACCAUUAUUGACUGCACCUCAAAAGACCUCACUGUAGCAAACCUGCCCGUUGCCUUCCGUCCUUCAGCUGAAAUUAUCCACCUUGGUUACAACAGGCUCACCUCUAUUCCCAAUGGGCUCUUUGACAACCUGAAGAGCCUGCAGGUAGUGUACCUGCAGGGCAACCCUUGGGAAUGCACCUGUGACAUCCUGUACCUGCGCUCCUGGCUGCAGUGGCAGCAGAACCGCACCCUGUACCGGGAUGUGAGGUGCAGCUCCCCGAGGCACCUGCAGCACCGGGUCAUUGCCUACCUGACAGAGGACGAGGUCAACUCCACGUGCCAGUACUGGUACUGCAGCCUGGCUCUCCUCUCUCAGCUCUGUCUCUUCAUCCUCCUUUUCCUCCAGGGUAUCUUGGUUAUCUUCAUCAUUGUUUACCUGCAGAAAUUUCGGAGGAUGACCGCUGAAGCCCGGAGCACCACCCGAGAACUGCACCAGCAGGUUGACCCUUGGGUAUCUUCUUCAAGAAACCCCUACAACAAUGAUUAACAUCCCAAGACUGAAGACCCUCCUCCUCUGGGGGGAUGAUGUGCCAAGCUCCUGUGGUUUGUGAUACCCAGAGCAGACAUCUGAUCCUGACUGCAGUCCAAAGCAGGACUUGAACUAUCAGACACUUGCCUGUGUUCCUAAAGAACCAAUCUUGUGGGUUUUUUAAUGCUUUGAACUCUUUAGCAUGAUGUUGAUUGCUUUGCUGAGCUGGACGUGGCUCUGGUUUGGUAGAUUAAAGAAAUCAUAAACUACAGUGACCAGAACUGACUCAAAUGGCUCACAAGGUCCUAAAGGCUACAGAGCUUGAUCCCUCCUAUGCUACAGUAUUUCAGCCACACUUCCCACGAUGCUUCUGGUUGUGUUGGGUCAGGUGAGGACAGAGGUGGGCAGUGAACAGUUAAGGUACUGGACUAAGACAAUGCAGAAAUACAGUUUUCUCGUGUUACCACAGACUGCCUUAGAAUCUUUGGCCAAGUGACUUAGUCUUCUCCUGCCUUGGUUUCCCCAUCAGUAAAAGAAAAAGAAAAUUUCUUCUUGCUUGAUACAUCUUUUCCAAUGUUCUUCUUCUGAGGGAGGGAGGGAAUGUUUAGAAGCCCACCUAUUUUAUCCUGUUUGCAUUCCUUUUAAUCUUUUUACAGUUUUAAUACUGACUUCAGCUAAGUGAGACUGGGGCCCUGAAUGCUUUUGAGAUAUUCAUCCUGAAGCCAAGAGUUGUUGAGACCAGUGGCUCGCUCUGGCUGUGCCUGUAACAGCACUUGGCAUGAGAGAUCUGGUCUUUAGAGACUCAAACUGCAAACCCCACUGAUGUGCCUACUGCUGGUUAUAGUGUCCCUUAAUUAUUUUUGAAAUGAAGCAAAAAUGAAAUAAAA